GGUGGGGAGCAACGUGGCGUUUGCGCGGAGCGGCCGGGCCCGGCAGCGGCUCCCGCGGGGCGCCUCGCCCCGACCUCGGCGUGCUGCCGCGGCGGAGCGCGCCUGGCUGCCAGCGGCGCAGCGCGCGGGAGCUGCGCGAGCGGAACACUUCAAGAAUGAGUCCAUCACAAGAUAGACGUAGAAAUUCCUGCAGCAGCGAGCCUCUAGCAAAGUGCCUUCAAGCUAAGAAGGACUUGGAAACAGCCAUUUCUGGAAUUGUCAAAGCUGAACAACAGAUUAAAGACAACUGGAGAGAGGUGAAAGCGAAGAUUCACAGCCACAUAAGUCGUCAUCUGGAGUGCCUGCGCAGUCGUGAGGUUUGGCUGUUCGAGCAGGUAGAUCUCAUUCAGCAGCUUAAAGAGGAGGCCUUGCAGCAGCAAGCUCAGCAGCUCUAUUGGUAUUUGGGACAGUUCAAUUGCCUUAUUCAUCAGCUGGAACGCUCCUAUAGUAACGAACUAGCAAACCAGAUUUCAGUUUGCCUGGAGAGACUGGCAAGUCUUACUCUUAAACCAGAAGAGUCUUCUGUCCUGAACUUCGAGGCUGAUACAUCUUACCUUCGCCAGGCUAUUACCUCAUUUGGCUCCAUUAAAACAAUGCAAACCUCUGAGAGAGAAAAUACUUCUCCCUGGUUUCUGGGGCAGAAUUGUACCCUAAUGAACUGUGAGCAGCAGAAAACAUUAUAUGGGACAGUGGGCGCUUCACUGGCUGACUGGUUACUUGGAAGCAGACCUGUGGGUGUUUGCCAAACUCCGUAUGUACCCAGCACCAAUCUUGAAGACUGGGUUUUGCAGAAAUGUGUGUCAGACCCCAAGCAGGAUUUACAUUCUUCCAAAGUUUGUUAUUUUGAGCAAGCCUGGGGAAAUCUGAAAGGUUUGGAACACUGGCUCCUGAAGAAUCAACAGCAUGAUGCUGCUGGAAAGACAGAUUCCCAUAGCCGCAAGGAUUCCACCUCUACUUCCGCUUCGUCCUUCUCCGUUGAAAAGAUUGAGGAAUUGGAAUCCCUUGGUCAAGAAGAGAUGGAUCUUUCUGACUGGCUGCUUACGCCUGACAUGGAAAAUGGAAGUAGUGCUUCAGAUGAGAAAUGGAAGUAUGAAUUUAAACCUUUUAGGGAAGAAUUUAAUCUGAAUGAUUGGCUCUCUAAAGCUGAAACGUGUACCAGUUGUCGUGGCAGCCAGGCCAAAGGUGUGGAAAUUGAGAACCUGGGAAAUCUGAAGUGCUUGAAUGAGCAUCUUGAUGGAAAGAAAUCGCCCACCACGUCAGCUGUAAACGCUUGGCUUCUUCAGCAUCCCCAGGCGCCAUUUAAAGUGGAAGAUGUGUGCAAAGCUAAUGAGCUUUGUGCCAGCUUUUCAGAAUGCGUGUGUGACGAAAACUGUGGAAAGGAGGCUCUCUGUAAGUGGCUUCUGAAGAAAGAAGGGAAGGAUAAAAAUGGUGUUCCAGUAAGCCAGAAAGCUGUUCCCAACCCAGAGAAUGAGAAGCCUAUUUCUGCUGGCAAUACCUGGCUUCACCCUUCCCAGCAGGUUACAGAGGAGCCUGUGACUGCUGAGAAAUCAGAUUAUUCAGCAGAGAUAGCAGAACCCCUGAAGGUGUUGCUCGAAAGGCCUUUGACAAGCUGGCUCGCCAAGUCUGAGCACAAAGCAGAAAGUGCAGAAGAAAAGGCAAGUAGGGAAAAAGCAGAUAUUAGUUUCAAGAGUCCUUUCCUAGACCUCUUGGCUCCAUUCCACCUCCCUCUGAAUGUAAACAGUUGGGUGUUGACUUCAACCAACCUAGAAAAUACCAACCCGCCUCCAGUGGAAGAUAAAUGGCUCCUACGCAAGAAAGCACAAGAGUUUGGCCUUCCUACAGUUUGUGACCUUUUUGCCUGUAUGAAACUGGGUGGGGAUAAAGAAAAAUGGCUGCAUCAGACUCCUUUACAGGUAGGAUGCAUAGAAUGCGUUAGAACGCUCAGACCUAAAUGUAACACUCAAAAUAUGGAUGGUGGUAGCUAAUCAUAAUCACCAUCUUUUGAGUUCUCUAAAUAUAGUGGCAAACAUCAUUGUGAUUUCCUUCCUAUAUACCUUUUUAUCAGCUUGGACCACUCUGGUUUUUCAUUAUUCCUUCCUUCUCUUUCUAUUCCAAGCUAGGGAAGGAGUUAAACUCUUAAGUAAAUCACUAUUAAACUGAUUAACUCUUGAUACAAUCUUGGUAACUUCUACUGUAACUGAAAUGUCUGAAUUCCUAGGCAACUACUUUCUUAUCUUGAUGGUGGGCCAUGUGGGGUCGUGUUUUUGCUGUCUGGCAAGAUUACUCUUUUUCACUGUUUAGGAAAUUCAUGAAAAGCAUCCUUUUUGGCAAGUAUGCAUCAAAACCUAAAAUACAAGUCUUGGUUCUAAAAACCAUCUUGGUAUUUUUUUUUCUUCCAGUGUGCUUUUAUACAUGCUUUUGUCUAAAAGCAUUAUUUCCUGUUUACUAGAGAUCAAAGAGAAUAACCCUAUUUUGAAUUUGUUUAGAUGUGAAGAACUGGAAGCGCUGAAGUUGUCCCCUUCCUGCUGAUUAAUCGCACAUCUAUGCUGAGUGACUGCAGCCAGAUGAAUUCUUGUGUUUGUGUUUGGCUGUCUGCUUUUUCUUCCAAAAUUAUAACAAAAAGAAAAAAUCUUCAUGUAACAGAGUUAUGGUGCAGAAAAUGCCUUUUUGUUAUGAUUAAUUCUGCAAUGUAGACCCACUGAGCAUAAGCAAACUGACACUCCAGUGGUGUUAGUAAAUUUGUAUCUGUUACGGGACUACGUGAAUCCUCUUUAAUGGGUUGUCACUUGAAAGCCAGUGCAGGUAUAAAGCAAAAUCUCUGGUGCUGUGAAACCUCCACCGUUGACGUUGGUUUGUCAUUAAAAAGUGUUGUUCCUUUCAGCUGCUGCACCUUUGUCAUGAGCUGGUUUCCAGCUUACUGGGAUCAUAAGAUGGCCUAGGCUCUAUUUGGAAGCAGUUUUUUGUAGGGUGGUUGCUAACUUCAAAGAUUUCAUUUGCAUCUUCUGUUGGUGCGUCACCCGGCUGAGCCUGGGCAGUCAAGAUUUCGAGAGAUGUGAAUUUAUGGGACUUGACCCGUGACAGGAGAACUGGUAACUUAAGUUUUGUGUGAAAACUUCCCUUGCAGGUUUCUGAGCGAUUCGGAGACCAGGCAGACUUGGGUCUCUUAGAGAAAAAGAGCAAAGCUGGAUUGCCAGGCUCUUCUGUGGCGUUUUUAGUUUUCACGCAGCAGCAGACUGAGAACCUGCAUCCCCAGCUUUUAGCAGCAAUUUCAAUUCCACUGAAAAAAGCUGUAUGAUGAAACACGUAUGUUUCUUUGAGUUUCAGAUAAUUUGUAAUUAACCUGCAUUGAUAAGCCACUGCAUAGCAGGCAUCUCAGUUAAGAUUUGGGGAACUGGAUGCCUUCUCAUGCUAUUUAACUGGAAAACACCACCUUGGCGACCUGUGUGGAUCCCACUGUCUGAUGCAUUUUAAAGAUACUUAAGCUGUGGAUUUCCUUUAGUAUUACGCAUAUGAAAGUGGGGUGGGAGCAAUUGUGAUUGCUGUAGCAGCAACACCAUUACUCCACACCUCCUUGGGUGUGUAAGAGUUUGCACCCAGAGGAGAGCGCAGAGAUGCUAGAUGGAAACAUGGCACGUGCUUGCCAGCGUGCAUGGAACACUGUACAGUUACAGUCUCUGGUGCAGCUUCUAGACACUUGCACAGAUUACUCCUAAUGACUGUACAAACCAGCUUCCACUUUGCCCCAUCCCCAAAGCUGCCGAGAAUAAAAGUGGUUUAAGUUCUUCACAAUGGUGCAGAAAAUAAAUUAUUAGUCAGCUCUAACCGUGAUACCACUUUGCAGUGUGACUGCGGUCCUCUCUGCUACAACUUGCGCAUGUGUGUAAAAAUGAGUUUUUUAGUAUGAGAAGGAUAUACUGCUAGACUAGACCCCCAAAUGGGCUUAUGAUCAGUGGACCACUUGACACUUCUAUAAUUUUAAUAGUUUUGGCUUUCUACUGAAAGCAGAAAGAUGUUUUUUUUGAAGUUAACUUUUCCCCUUUCAAUGUGUCCUUGUUGCUGCAUGGGAAGACUGCACUAUAACUAACUCCAAUAAUAGCCUAUUUUGAUUAGCAAUUUAACUUGAUGAAGGUGAUUGAAGUGCAGCCCACCUCUUACAAUUCCUUGUAGUUGUCAGUGUGUGCUACUCUGUUAGUUCACUAUGAACCUUUAAAAUUUGGGGGUUACGUGUAUUCAUUUACUUGUUCAACUGACCUGGUAUCACUAAUUGGUAUUUAUGGUAAAACAUUGAUUAGUCUUUUCCAUUAAAAAAAAAAUUGCAACUGAA